AUGUCAGCCACCGCACAGCUGUCCGGGCGUCCCCCCCCCACAGCUGCUCAGAGCCCUGUGACUGUUCUCCAGAGUUCACUGGCAGCUCCUCAGCUCUCUGCAGCAAUUCAGCAUCAGCCCGGAACCCCCCAGGCUCUCCUCCUCCAGAGCGAGCCCAAGAGCCCUCAGUCCCUGUUAGAUCCUUCAUCUGCCGCUAAACUGGGGGCCACAGAAAACCUGAAGGGUGACAGUGAAAAGAUUAACCAAAGGACUGAAGAACACAUCAAGCAGUGUUUGCACAGAGCCACUGCCAGGCUGUGCCUGAGCGAGUUUGCCGUGGGUCAGGAGUCUGUGCGGCUGCUCAGCACCAGGGAGGACGCUCACCGCAAGAUCCUGGAGGGUGUCCACAGGAUGGGCCUUGACAGCCUGAGCAGCUGCGCUUGCCACUUCAGCCAGGUUCUCCAGCAGCCCUGCCAGCCCGUCUUGGCCAUGCUGAGUGCGGACAGGGAGACCCUGCAGCCAGAGAUGCUCAGCACAGAGCAGCAGAAGGGGUGCGAUGCUUGUGAGGCCAAGCAAGACAGUGUUGAUGGCCUCUUGGCGGUCCUGACGAGCUCCUGUAGCAAGUCUUUGGGUAAAUCCCUGGUGGUGUCCGUCCUGACAGGGGAGGAGUGUGAGCACAGGUGCGGGGUGUUGCAGGAGCCGGAUUGGGCACCAAGUCGAGGUGCAGCUCUAGGGCUGGGCUGGGUGCUCGGGGGGGACCCGUUGUUCACCCUACUGGCAUCCCAGCUUCCCCUGUGCUCCCCUCAGCCUUGCUGCUCCCUCAGGCUAGGGGUGGAAGGGGCAGUUUGGGUUUUUUAUCUUCUGAGUGCAUGUUGCCUCUUGCCUAUGGCAGCAGAGGAACCGGUUUGGGAACCAACUGCAGUGACAGGGAACCAGUCGCUGACCUGACGAGCAGGAGACGUGGCUGGGAGCCAACCGUGGGCGGUGCGACGUGGGAUGUGAUGUGAUGGGAUAAUGGCAUGUGACAGAAAUAUUUGAUCUGUGGCCAGCACCUGCAGGUCCUUCCAGCAUCCAGCUGCAAGGAGUUGUGCAACUAAGCCAAUAAAUGGGCUUCGUCUCA